AUGAACUUAGAAUGCGAUGCGAAUCUGAUCAUGUCAAUCCUGGCAGAUAUACCUUCUGAAGGUUCCGGUAUCUCUGAAGAUGAAGAUGAGGAGUCUCCUAUUCAGAUGCCCAUAGUAGUUGCUGACGAUGACGAAGAUCCUGAAUUUAACAUGCCUCUGUCAGAUAUCCAGAGGUCAGCCAACCCAUCUGAUAUAGUAGACGUACCAGCUCAAGAAGCAGUUUCGAACGAGGUUUCUAGUGGAGUCCAGUCACUAUUGAUGAAAACCAGUGUUCCUGGUAAGGUUUCAUCCUCUCGACGGACGAGGGAUUUAGUAGUUGAGCCUGCUGAUACUUCAUCUAUUCGAAAUCUAGACAAUAUAGCUGAACCUAAGUGGAGACAUAGGGUACGUGCUGCAUCUCCACCAGAACAAUUUAAUACAGAUACAAGCUUACCUACUCACAUAUCUCAACUGCAGGAUCCAACACCUGCUACAUUAUUUAAAUUGUUUUGGCCUGACAGUUUGUUAGAGCAUUUAGUUUAUCAAACAAAUUUGUAUGCCCAACAGGAGGGAAAGACAUUUGCACCAGUAACUAGAGAAGAAAUGAGUACUUUUUUAGGUAUAAACCUAAACAUGGGUAUUAAGAAACUGCCCGCCUAUAGAGACUACUGGUCCUCAUGUCCUGAUCUACAUGAUCCGUUUAUUUCAAAGUUUAUGCCUGUAAACCGAUUUGGAUGGUUACUCUCACAUUUGCACGUAAAUGAUAAUCAGUUUAUUCCAGCAAGAAAUAGCCCAAGUUAUGACAAACUAUAUAGAGUUCGGCCUUUGCUAGAUACAUUAAAAAACACAUUUGAGAAAAAUUAUCGUCCUACCGAAAACAUGGCUAUAGAUGAAAGCAUGAUAAAAUUUAAAGGCAGAAGUUACCUCAAGCAGUACAUGCCAAAGAAACCUGUAAAGCGGGGAUAUAAGGUGUGGAUGUUGUGUGCGAGUUCAGGAUAUUGUCUAAAAUUUGACGUUUAUACCGGAAUGGCUGAAAAAGUUGAAAAGAAUUUGGGCGCUAGAGUGGUGUUAGAUUUCACACAAGAUUUACAAAGUAAAAACUACAAGUUUUACUUCGACAACUAUUUUAAUAGUUAUGUGUUACAACAUGAACUUAAGUUGAGAAAAAUAAUGGCCUGUUUCACAGUAAACAAUACAAAAAAGUUUUUACCGGAAUUGAAAGAAGAGAAUAUAUUAUAUUUGAAGUGGAAGGAUAAUAGGACAGUAUAUUUCUUAUCAAUUAUGCAUGAUCCAAAUGAUGUUGAUAUAGCCCAAAGAAGAAAAAAGGACGGCUCUUUUAUAGACAUACCUUGUCCUAAACUGCUGAAGGACUACAAUUCAAAUAUGAAUUUUGUGGAUAAGUUUGACCAACUAAAAGGAAAUUAUGGUUUAGAUAGGCGGUCUACUAAGUGGUGGCACAGAAUUUUCUUUUCAUUUUUGGACUAUUGCGUCGUCAAUGUUUACAUUGUGCAUAAAGAUCUGGUUGCAUAUAGAAAUUUUGCAGAAAAUACAACAUCAAAAAUUAUGACCCACAAAGACUUCAGGAGAGAAAUAUAUCUGGAACUUAUGAAAGAGCCUGAAACCAGAAAACGAAUAUCAGAAGACCGUCUUCCUAUUACAAUUAAACAGCAUAAACCUUAUGUACCACACUUGGUACGCCUAGAAGGUAAAAAACAUCAAGCAAGGUCCACUACUUCCCGUCGAUGCGCUUUGUGCAGCACAAAAGCAAAACCUGUAAGAACAGCUUGGGAAUGUGACACUUGUAUGGUUCCAUUAUGCAUAAAAUCAACCAAAAAUUGUUUUGCUAAAUUUCAUAAGAAUAAAUAG